CCUCGCCUCGCCUCGCCUCUCCCAGGCCGCCGGGGGAGCCGCCAGCUGGCCCGGGGCGGAUGGGAUGGCGGGCGCGGGCGGCGCUGCUCGGCGGCCCCCGGCGGGGCUCCUCCUGCGGGCUGCUGUGAGAGAGGUUUUACUGGUGCAAGAUGUGAGAGAUUGGAUCUCUUUUAUCUGAGAGGAGAUCAAGACCAAAUCGUGGUCAUUUCUUUGAUAGCGGUGUUGGUGAUGCUGAUCGCCCUGGUCACGUGCCUGUGCGUUUGCACUCGUUACUGUCAGAAGAAAUACCUGCAGAAGAAAGAGAAAGAAAUGAGGACAUUUGAUAAGGGACUACCUGUUAAAACUGAGGAUGUUUUGGAGACAGCCAUUGCGUAAAGGUUGAAAGAGGAACGGCCAUCGCUAGCAAAAUGGUUUUGUGGAGGAGGCCCUCGCUCUGGAGGCAGUUUCUCCCCCUUUUCUCCAGUAUCUGUUUCUCCACUUCUCCACCAAUAAAAGAU